AUGGUAGCCAAAGGAAGUUGUGACAUGGUUGAUUGCCUUAAACCACCAAAUCUUGAGUUGGCCAAAAAGCUUCUUCCAUUCAAACCUGUUUUUCUUGAUUCCCCUGAUAAGGCUGUGCAGAUAGGCAUUAAGGCCAAUAUAUUCACUUGUGGUGGUAUAGCUUUUGGUGUAUCUUUCAACCACAAAUUUGUUGACGGUACCACCAUUAGUUCAUUCUUCAAAGCUUGGGCGGCGACGACUGCUCGUGAAAACAUCGAUAAAGAAGUGUGUCCGCAUAGCGUGGCAGCGUCACUUUUUCCACCGGAUGAACUUUUUUCAGCGCAAAUGCCAUUUUUCGAUGAAAUCACGCCGAAGGUGGAACCGAAGAGGAGGAAGAUGAGGAGGUUUGUGUUUGAUGCAACUGCGAUAUCUUCUCUCAAGGCCAAAGCAAGAAGUGAAAAUGUUCCAAACCCAUCUCGCGUCGAGGCGGUCACUGGACUUGUAUGGAAAUGCCUGAUCAGUGUUUCUUCAAUAAUAUCAGCCACCCAGAACCCAAAUUCUUUUGUACACUUAAUCAAUUUAAGGCCAAGAUUGAAUCCUCCAUUGCCGGAGUUCUCUAUAGGGAAUAUUCUCUGGAGAGCAGUGGCAAAUUAUGACCCAAUGAAGGAAAUAACCAAAGAACUUCUUCCUUCCUUAGUAAAACUCCUUAGAAGGUCUAUAGAGGAAGUCAAUUCUGAUUACUUGCAAGAUUUGCAAGGUGAGAAAGGAUUCAAGAAAAUCUGCAAUUUACUUGAAGAAGGGAGAGAGAUUUUUUCCAAGUCAGGAAAAACUUUUGCGGCAUCUAGUCUUGGUAAGAUGGGAUUCUAUGAAGCGGAUUUUGGGUGGGGCAGGCCUGUGUGGAUGACUAUUGGACCAAUUAUUCAAGAAGCACAAGUUAAUGCGAUAUACAUUAUGGGCAGCAGAUGUGUUGAUGGUAUUGAAGUGUUGAUUAUGUUAGAGGAUCAUGAAAUGGAGAUACUGGAGAAAGACCCUGAACGUUACGCAUACUAG